UAUGAGAUAUUAAAUGUCGUCUUUUCUCAGGAUAUCAAUCAUUGUUUAAGAACCUCUCCAAACGAUCGGUUCAUUUGAGACAAGGGUGAACCUCAUCAGACUGAGUUGUGACUGUUUAUUGACUAGAUAUAACUGCAUAUGCAGGAAAAAAGUGUUGUUUAAUUUAAAUCAUUCUAAAGGGCAAUCAAUAUUUGAUGCGAUCGGAAUAAGCCAUAUUCUAAUACAAUGACAUUGAAAUACUAAGGAACUGGAGCACAGUGUGUCACUAAUUAAGGUGAUAAUACUUAGAUGUAGUGCAUGGCGUCAUAAAGGGAGAAGAAAGGAUUUACAUGUGGUAGUAUAAACAGCUGUAUCAUUUUAAAAUUCUUAUAUUUAUGAUUUUAGAAAAAUUUAAAGCUCAGCAGAGCUGAUGACUUAAGUGAGUUUUUAUUAUUUGUCAUCAGCAAACUGUGUAUCUGUAAAUCAAUGUUUUACGUUUUUAGCUCACCUGAGCUGGAAACUCAAGUGAGAUAUUCUGAUCACUUUUUGUGCACUGUCUGUCUGUACGUCUGUACACAAACUUGCUACAAAUGUAAAUGAUCCUUGGGGAAUCAGGUUGUGCAAAGGAAGAGUCAUGAUCCCUUCAAAGUGAAGAUAAUCAAGAAAAUCGAAAAAUAGGGUGGAGUCAUUUAAAAAUCUUUUCAAGAACCACUGGGCCAGAAAAGUUGAAACUUACAUAAAGGCUUCCUGACAAAGGUACCAUCAAGUUUUUCGAUUGAUUGAUUGAUUGAAUAUUGUUUAACGUCCCACUUGAGAAUAUUUCACUCAUAUGGAGACGUCACCACUGCUGGUGAAGGGCUGCAAAAUUUAGGCCUAUGCUCGGCGCUUAUAGCCAUUGAGCAGGGAGGGUUCUUUAUCGUGCCACACCUUCUGCAACACGGGACCUCAGUUUUUUGCGGUCUCAUCUGAUGGAGCGACCCAUUUAGUCACCUCUUACGACAAGCAUGGAGGUACUUAGGACCUAUUCUAACCCCGAUCCACACGGGAUAUCUGUCAAGAAAAAAAUCAACAUCCAUGCAUGCGUUUUGUUUCUUUUAUUUUCUAACUGAAUAGAAAUGCUCCAAGGGCAGGGUGGGGUAUUUUAGGGGAUAGGAGUUUUACUUGAGCAUGUAUAACAAAGAUCUUUGAAAACGUUCUUCUCAAGAACAACAGGGCUUUAAGCAGUACUGCCUUGUUGAUAUGCAAGGAUACCCAGGUAGUAUAGACUUAAGUUUGAUCAAAUCAGUACCCCGAAAGUCAUGCCACUGUGGAUAGUUAGGAUUCACAAUAGGGAUCAAAGUUUUGCAUAAGAUUAUAUAUAUAGGAAAAUAUUCUCAACAAUUGCAUGGUCACUAUGGCAAGACCUUAUGUUUCAUACCAUGAUUGUUGAUCUUUAACCUUGUAUUUCAGUUAUGUUGUAACAUUUGGGGCAAGAAAAACAAAGAACAGCUGAACAAGAGCAGGGCCAAGGUAACUCAGGUGAUAACAGCUAGAUAUAUCAGCAUCACAAAGACAGAAGAACAGAAAACAGGCACUGAAUCCCAGGACAGCUGUGUGAAAGAGAAAAGGAAGAUAAAAGCAGAGUGGUUCACACUGGACUCCCAUGAGGUCCUGCAUUACUGAGGAAAGAAAGGUGAUGUUAAAAAGAAUUUGUGAGGCCAAUUAGCCAGCAACGUCCACCAUUUCUGGACAUCCAUUGUCAGAUUUCACCACGACCAGGUGUACAUCUUUCAAAUGUGGCAGUGUGACAAUUCACGGUAACAGUGAGAGACACGUCUUUGUCUGUGACUGCAUUAUUAACACAUCAGUUUUGACCACACAGAGUAUCCUUAAGUAGGGGGACUCAACAUUAAUCAAAAUCUGACUUCCUGUUUUGACGGAGGAUUGGACCAUCAACAAGUUACUGUAUAGAUUGUGUUCCUAAAGAACCAGACCCUCCACAUCAUGGACACACUGGGACUCAGCACUCAGCUAAAAGUACGACAAUGUUCUCAAUGUCAGGGGGACACUGAGUUUUACUGUAACACAUGUAAACGUGAUCUGUGUUUACAGUGUAAAGAGAAACAUGUCAUUGAUCUACAUACCAAACACCAUGAUGUUGUGAUUUACCGUGAGAAGUUUAACUACAUCCCCAGACAAGAGAUCUGUGUCAGACAUCCAGACAGGUUCUAUGAAAUGUUCUGUCAGUCGUGUGAACUUUCUGUCUGUUUCCGAUGUUUAGAGCACCGAAAACACCAAAUACUGGACAUUAGAACAGCCUAUCAAACAAAGCGACAACAACACCGAGAAAUCAUUGACACCAUCAGAAGUGAGACUCUCUAUAACUGUCGUGUUCUCCUGGCAGGAAUCCAAACUGAUAUCCAAACUUGUCCCCCACAAAUCUGUCACCGUCAAUCACAGAUGUCAACAAAAGCCCAGAGACUGAAGGAUCUGAUUGACACUGCGGUAUGUGAUGUUAAAACAAGAUACCGAGGUUUAUUGAUUGAUAGAAUACAACAACAGAAGAGAAAAAUGAACAGACACCUCACCCACAUACAGAACUAUGAAGACAGAUAUGAACAAUCAGCAAACAGAGCGGUACAAUUCCUCUUGUUUAUAAAGACCAGUCGUGUCCCCCAGAUAAAGGACACCCCUAAUCUUCCACAACACCUGCUGCUGUCCCUGACUGAGGGAUUCAACAUGGAGGAUGUCAGUCAGUUAUUGAGGGGAAUCCCAGAAAUCCAAAUGACAACAGGAAAACGACAAGUAGGAAUAGACGAGUGUGUGAAACUGAUGUCCACACCUGUAUUACACACGUCUGUCUGUGUGACAGGUGUUAGUUGUGUGUUACACAUAUCUCGUGUGAUGUCAGACCGGGUCUGGGUCUCUGAUUAUACCAAUCUUAUCUUGACAGACACAACAGGAGACACUAUACACCGUGUGACAGAUAUAACACCAUGGUAUAGAGGACUACACACAGUGAACAGUUCUGGUGAACUGAUUUAUAUAGACAGUAAACAUAACAUCAACAAACUGUCUGUGAACAAUCACACAGUCACCACACAGAUAGAGUAUACAUCACCAUGGUCACCACGGUGUGUGUACUGCUCCCCGUCCACUGGAGAUCUGAUGGUCGGGAUGUGUAACUAUAAUACAGAGACAGGCAAGGUAACCCGGUACAACAGUAGUGGUCAACACAUCCUGACCAUACAACACGACAACAAACGUCACACGAUGUAUAGUUAUCCUUAUUAUAUCACAGAGAACACUAACGGUGAUAUUAUUGUGUCUGACGUGUCACGUGAUGCUGUAGUGGUGACAGAGCGCGGGGGGAGACAUCGAUUCUCCUACACAGGACCUCCAUCAGGAUCAUCACUAUAUGCACUAGGAAUCUGUACAGACGCGCUGUCACACAUCCUGGUGUGUGAUGUUAACACCCACACAGUACAGAUGAUUGACAAGGACGGUCACUUCCUGUCUCUGUUACUGACACAACAACACGGGAUAAACCAACCACACAGCCUGAACUAUGAUGAUAAAACUCACCUUCUCUGGGUCGGAUCACACGACACCAACACAGUGUCUGUAUAUAGAUAUCUACAGAGGAGGUACUCUCUGACUGAUAAUCCAGACAGAGACGAGCGGAUCACGGAAGCUUCAAGUGAUGAGGGGGUUCAGGAAUCAGGAUCGUGAUAAUGAAGAUGAAUAAGAAAUGUCUGGAUGUCAGCAUGAAUGGGGAGAUUGCUGUGACUUAACAGGGCAUUUCAUCACCACAUCAUCUUCCACCCUCCACCUGAGAUAUUUAUGAUAACAGGUCAUCAACACCUCGUCACCACAUCAUCUUCCACCCUCCACCUGAGACAGUGAUGUUAACAGGCCACCAACACCUCACCACCACAUCAUCUUUCACUCUCCAAUUGUGUCCCCAGAUAGAAUCCCUGAUAAACCUUAAAAUAAAGCAAUCUAUCAUUAACUGAAAAGAGAAAAGCUUUGUACUUUGACAUUGCAAUAUAGUACAGGCAGGCAGCAGCUUUCUGUUUGGAAUUUAAUUUUAAGUUGAGUGAAUCCUUUUGAGGACGUGGAUCAGAUUCCACAAACGUAAUUGUCUUUGGUGUCUGUUGAUGAGAACAAGGAAAACAUUGACCCCAGUGUGCAAUACAUGUGUUGUGAAAACAGUUUUAUGUUUGUAUCAGAAUUUGUCUAGACAGUUGGUUUUAUGUGUGCAACAUGCUUGUCAUGAAAAAAAUAUAUAUUUGUAUCGGAAAUUUUGUAUAUUACUUCAUUUCGUUUGAUAUUUGUAGCUGAAAUUUUGUAUAUUAAGUUUUAUGUGUAGUUUGAUGUUAGUAAACCUAUGUUUUAAAUAUUACUACAUUUAGCUAGAAGAUUGCAUCAGGAGUUUUGAAUAUUACUACAAUUAGUUUGAUGAUUGUAUCAGAAAUUUUGUAUAUUACUAGAUUUAGUUCAAUGUUUACAUCAGAAGUUUUGAUAAACUUAGAUCUCCAGUUUCAUGUAUAUCUGUUAUUGACAUUGCAUUGUUUAAAGAAUGUUGCACCAGAAUAUAAUAUUUUCACAUAAAAAUCA